GCCGAAGAUGUCGGCUCGGUCAUGUGAUCAGCUGUGUCCAAUCACAGCUGAUCACAUGUAAACAGGGAAAUGCCGGUUAUCGGCAUUUCUCUCCUCUCGAGCUGUCACGCUGACAGAGGAGAGGAGAGCCGGUAAUCGGCAUUCCGCGGAGGGGACAUGUGCCCUGAUGAUCAGUGUAGCCCCAGCAGUGCCACCUGUCAGUGUCCAUCAGUGACACGUGCCAUGUCACCCAUCAGUACCAGUCAGUGCCACCUAUCAAUGCCAAUCAGUGCGCAUCAGUGCCGCCUACCAGUGCCAUAUAUCAGUGCUGCCUUUCAGUGCCCAUCA